GUUGGAAACUUUCAUUUCUUGACCGGAUAUUAUAUAGCGAAAAUUUCUUUUAUGGUGUUGAAAACUUUCAUCUCAUGGCUCUGUAAAGAGUUCUGUAUCAAGUCUUAAGACGAUCUCUUCCUAUUUUUCCACAUCUUCGAUCGUUUAAUCCACUGAAAAUAAGAAAAAUAAGAGAUCAAUGGCGAGUGAGGUUGUGGUAUGGUGCCUAAUUUCAGGUGCAGUAGCCUUGAUUUUGAGUUCUAUUUCACUUUCAAUUAUCAAAGGCAGGAGCAACAGACGACAUGGGGUUGCAUUCUUCCAUCCAUACACCAACGAUGGCGGUGGUGGUGAGAGGGUCUUGUGGUGCGCCGUCAAAGCCAUCCAAGAAGAAAGCUCCGAUCUGGACUGCGUCAUCUACACUGGCGACCACGAUGCUUCUCCUGACAGCUUGAUGGCUCGUGCCGUUCAGCGUUUUGGGGUCGAGCUUCUAUAUCCACCGAAGGUGGUGCAUCUAUAUAAGAGGAAGUGGAUAGAGGAAACCAUGUAUCCUCGCUUUACUAUGAUUGGCCAGAGCCUUGGUUCAGUUUAUCUUUCAUGGGAAGCCUUAUGCAAGUAUACCCCUUUAUAUUAUAUUGACACCAGCGGAUAUGCCUUUACAUAUCCAGUUGCACGGUUGUUUGGAUGUAAGGUUAUUUGCUAUACCCAUUACCCAACAAUCAGUUUAGACAUGAUAUCUCGCGUUCAGGACCAAAAUUCGAUGUAUAACAAUGAUGCCUUGAUUGCUAAGAGCACUUGGUUAUCCCUAUGCAAAGUCAUCUAUUAUAGACUAUUUGGUUGGAUGUAUGGAACUGUAGGCUCUUUUGCACACCUUGCAAUGGUCAAUUCUUCAUGGACUCAAACUCAUAUUGAAAGCCUUUGGAGAAUUCCAGAACGUACCAAGAGAGUCUAUCCUCCUUGUGAUACUUCAGGACUUCAGGCGCUUCCAUUGGAAAGACCGAGAAGUUCUCCAGCAAUUAUCUCUGUUGCUCAAUUUCGUCCAGAGAAGGCACACACCCUUCAACUCAUGGCAUUUUCAGUUGCCAUUAGGAAUUUGGAUGCAGACUUGCCCAGACCUAAGCUCCAAUUUGUGGGCAGUUGUCGGAAUAAGUCAGAUGAAGAAAGAUUGCAAAAUCUGAAAGACAAAGCCAUUCAACUGAAGUUGGAGGGGGAUGUGGAAUUUCAUAAGAAUGUGAUGUACAGGGACCUGGUGGGACUUUUGGGAGGUGCUGUUGCGGGGAUCCAUGGUAUGAUCGAUGAGCACUUUGGCAUAAGUGUUGUAGAGUACAUGGCUGCUGGUGCCAUCCCAAUUGCUAAUAAUUCUGCUGGCCCGAAAAUGGACAUUGUUUUAGAAGAAGAUGGACAACAAACAGGGUUUCUUGCACAAACUGAGGAAGAAUAUGCAGAUGCCAUACUUAAAAUUUUAAGGAUGCCGGAAACCAAGAGACUGGAGAUGGCUGCAGCUGCAAGAAGACGUGCAGGCAGAUUUUCAGAGCAAAGAUUUUACGAAGAUUUCAAAGCUGCAGUAAGACCCAUACUCAGCCAUGCUUCCUAGUAAUGGAAAAACAUUAGAUUAAAUUAGAGAGCAGAGAAAUUUUAGAUAGCUAGUUUCCUCUUCAUACCUGUCAGAAAGAAAAGGGUUUAUCCUUGAGAUAAUAGGUUAUGUUUUCCAGAAUAAUUGAGAUACAUUUUGUAACAGUGAUCAGGGAUAGAUUUUACUUGGAAAUAAUGAUUCUUGAGCUUCAUUUGUUUCCUCUUGAACGAAGUUGAUAUUUGAAAACCAGGAGAGCAAAAAGCAAGGAGAUCAAAUCACUAGAUGGCUUGAGAAUGGAGAGAAUUGAAUUCAGUGUUCUGUAUUUGUAUGUUUUUGAUGGGAAUCUAGGGAUCUCAAUUUUUUUUGGCCAUUUUGGAACUGGGAAAUGUCAGUUUGAGAAUUUAUAUUUUAUAUACCAACUUAAACUUUUUCCGAGAAAAUCUUUGUAAGGAUUGAGUUUAUACUUGUGGAAAUAGUAACGAAUUUGACACUUUCUCCAUGA